AUGAACUGUACGACGCCGUGGACCCACCGACACGUAUGCGAAGGCCUUUGCCCACGCUCUGUCACGGAGCGCGGCGUCGAUGCAGCGGCUGCCGAGGCACCUGCCGCGAUGAUCAGAACACCACAUCGGUUGAAAGAGCAGCAAGAUUUGUCCCGCUCGGAUGACCUCGAGCUUCGGAACGAACUUUGCCAGGACGUGAAGGUCCUGCCCAUUUGCCUUAGUGAGAUCGUCCCCCGUCUUGACAAUAUCAUGCGAUGUUUUUCCAGAAGGACACCUACAGCUCUGUCGGCCGGCACAACUCCAGGCGACAGCGUGGGCACGCAUUGGCACCCUAUGAGCCUGUGA